CCAUCCAUAAUCAAUCAUUACAUAUUCUAAGUCAUAAUGGCAGCCGCCGCUAUUGGAGUCGCUUCCUCCGCUACCUUCAAGCUCGUCCCAUUGUCGCCAGCUCGCCUUUCCCAUUCGUCGAAUUUAUCAAACCUUCGAUUCUUCGUUGCUCCCGCUUCGGAUGCCUCCUUUGCGAUUGCGUGGAAAAGGACUACCCGGAACGUGGCUCGGGUCUCAGUCUCGGCCUCGGCCUCGGCCUCGCUCGGCCUUACUGAACCGAACCCACUCCAACCGCUAAAGAUUUCAUUGGCUGCCAAAGACAUCGAUUUGGCUAAAUGGGCAGGCGACAUUCUUGCUGUGGGCGUCACUGUGAAGGACUCCGAAAAAGACGACAAUUCCGAUUUCAAAAAUCCAAUCUUGCAGGAGCUGGAUCAGCUCUUAGGUGGAUUGCUUCGCCAAGUUACGUCCGAGGAGGACUUCACCGGAAAAGUCGGACAGACCGUCGUCGUCAAGACAUUAGGCCUCGCCAAACGUAUUGUUCUGAUCGGGCUCGGGCCAGCUGUGUUGGGCCCUGCCGAUUACCAGAGUCUCGGGAAGUCCGUAGCUGCAGCUGCCAAGUCUGCGCAGGCACAGAGUGCCGGCAUCGCCCUUGCCUCGCUGGAAACCAUCCCGGCUGAGCUGGGCCCGGCCCGUGCAGCCUCAGCAAUAGCUCUCGGAGCUAUAUUGGGGACAUUUGAGGAUAACCAUUACAAGUUGGAAUGGAAGGAUCCUACUCUAGCGUCCGUGGACAUCAUCGGACUUGGCACCGGGCCGGAGAUGGAUGACAGUCUAGCAUAUGCAGACAGUCUUAGUUCGGGUGUCAUGUUUGGACAACAGCUCGUAAACGCUCCCCCUAACGUACUCACCCCUGGAGAACUUGCUGCGCAAGCAAAAUCGCUCGAAAAGGAGGGAAGCUUUAUAAAAGCAACAAUAUUGAAUGCAGAGGAAUGCGCGGCGCUAGGAAUGGGAGCUUAUUUAGGCGUUACGGCAGCAUCGGAGCUGCCUCCGCAUUUCAUUCAUUUAACCUUCGACAGGCCUAGUAGAGAAACUAAAGUUCAUUUGGCCUUGGUUGGAAAGGGUUUGACAUUCGACAGCGGCGGCUACAACCUCAAGCUAUCUGGCUCCGGCAUUGAGAACAUGAAAAAUGAUAUGGGAGGCGCGGCAGCCAUACUUGGCGCUGCGAAAGCUAUCUCCGAACUCCAGCCUAGUGGAGUCGUGGUUCACUUUAUCAUUGCAUCGUGUGAAAACAUGAUCAGUGGAAAGGGUAUGAGACCGGGCGACAUUGUAACUGCUUCAAACGGGAAGAGGAUUGAGGUGAACAACACCGAUGCCGAGGGAAGGCUCACACUGGCUGAUGCUUUGGACUACGCUUGUAAGCUAGGCGUAGAGAAGAUUGUCGAUCUUGCCACACUCACAGGGGCAUGUAUCACAGCUCUAGGACCUUCCGUUGCUGGCGUUUUCUCACCUAGUGAUGCGGCUGCCGGAGCGGUAAUGUCGGCGGCAGAGGCGAGCGGGGAAAAGGUUUGGAGGCUGCCGAUGGAGGAGAGUUAUUGGGAGUCGAUGACGUCGGGAACCGUGGCUGAUAUGUUGAAUACCGGGCCGAGCCAGGGUGGAGCCAUCACAGCAGCUCUCUUCUUGAAGCAGUUUGUCAAUGAGAAGGUGGAGUGGGCGCACAUUGACAUAGCCGGUCCGGUUUGGGACGAAAAGAAGCGAACCGGAACGGGGUUCGGCGUGACUACCAUGGUUGAAUGGAUUCUCUGGAGGGGGGUAGAUAGAAGAAGAAGGCCGAAUUAAGAAGAUGAAGAUGAGGAUGGAAGAAGAGAAUAAGUAAGAUGAUGCAAAUAAGAAAUCAUUGUCAUUGAGAAUAAACACAAUGUCACAAAAUAAAUAAAUUUCCAAUCUCUUAUAUGAUUGGAAGGAAUUCCAUCCUUAUAAUUAAUAAGCAUUCUCGACUA